UUACAUUUUAGGUGCUCCAAGUGAAUAAAAUUCUAGUAAUCACGAUGGCGUGGGAUUGGAACCAACACCCGGGAGCAUACGACGUAGGUUAUGAUCCUUAUGGUUAUGGUUGGUAUCCUGAAGAACCAACAGAAACUGAAGAAGAGAAACAGCAAAGAGAAAAGGAGGAGAAAGAGCGCAUAGAGGCGAUACAAGCGAACAGGCUGUUUUUGAAGAAGGUGAAGAAACAAUGUGUACUUGAAGACUUUGUUGAUUUGCAAAGGUAUAAACUCUUCCUUUUCGAAGUAAUGAUAGAGACUCUGGAGGUGAAGGGAGCGAGUACCUUAGGGAUACUGUCGGAGAACGAGGAAUCCCGGAUUGCAGCUAAAGUUCAGUUCCUUAACUCUUCUUUCAUAGAAAUAUACGAAAAUCCGAUCGAAAGACCACUAAACCUAGAAGAGACACAGCACACUGAUUAUUUCCAAAAUCUCUCGGAAACCAAACGGAAAGAUAUUUUUGCUUCAUCUGAAGGUAAUGGGGUUGGUACUUCUCAAGAAGAUGAACGCGAUCAAGAUUUUCCAGUAUCCAGGUGGGAAAAUGCAUCUGGGAAAUCUUUCUUGUUUUCGAAGACAGCGUUGGAACUGAUACAGGAUCUAGAGCGGUACCCAGUGGUAGUACAAGUUUUGCGUUGUAACGAGGAUUCGACAACGUGCGAUCCUGUAGGAUAUGCGAGAGUACGUCUACCGGAUGAUUUCAGUAUCUCCAUCAUUCAGUCCUGCAAGGAGGGCGUCAUCCUGCCAGUAACCACCGUCCACAAGGAGACUAGUGACAUUGUGAAUGUCUUUAGUGUUAAAAAAGGCCAAUUAGAAUUAUACUGCCGUCUGUCGUGUUUUGGUCCUGUAAUUAGCACCUCUUUCCAGUCCAUCGACGACUACCGCCAAUACGUUUUCAAACCCAGUGCUAUGGAGACGACCAGCAAGUCAGAGGAAGGUGACUCUGAAGCCAAUAAACGAAGCGAGGUUUUGAAACCGAUAGUUGCAGAGGAGGAAAAAACUGUCGGAAUUACAGUUCUAAGACAACUUGACCAUACUUUCCAGCUACCUGUAUUGUGGAAAUCAUGUAUCCAAGAGAGUGAGGAUGCAGAGACAAAAAAGGAAAGGAAAUGUGGCUGCAAAACAAAAAGUGCAAAAAAUACUAAGACUGUGCCAGAAAUAUCCACGUUACAGUUACCACAAUCAAGUAAAACUGACUUGUGCCGAGAUGUACUACCUCCUACUGAUCAAACCGACCUCAGGAAGUUUGGUAAGAACCAGUGUGACUGGCACAACCUAGUUAGCUUGGAAAUAAAAAACAGCCCAGGAGGAAAUUGUGGAUGUUUAGAUGAGCGGCCACAGGAGAUUCGAAAAGAGACUACUGACGUAGAAAAAGAUCCUUCUCGUGUAUUAAAAUUGGAAAGGUCUAGUCGGGUGGUAACAGGUAUAGGUAUAAAGCUGGAGAGAGAAGACUGUGGAUGUGACUGCCCAUUAGUGAAAGACACCUUGAGACAGAAAAAAUUGUUUUUAAUAUGAUUAUGUUCCAUUACAAAACUUAAUGAAUUAAAACUAUCAAUAAACUAUGUGCCAGGUAAUAAAACUUAAAAUAAAGAAACACGCACAUAA